AUGAACAUGUUUGACAUUGAAGACGACGGCCUCUACGUCACACUUGAAGGCUACUCCCAUCUGAGUGACUCAGAAUGGGAGAUAGUCGGCCGCAUGAGUGUGCUCAUGGGCGAACCGCCAUCAGUGGCAUGUUGGAGUCUUUAA